GCUUGCGCACGUGUAUAGCCCAUAAAGCUCCCGAAACGUGUCGCCGUGCGUUUCCCGCUCUCCUGUUCUCCGGCGUGAACAAAGGCGCUCUCUCUGGAACAGGUAGAAUUAAGAGAGAGAUUGGAGAGAGAGAAGGAAGAGAGAGAACUGAGAAAUUCUGAGUGAUUGAUUAAAUUGGAAAUGGAUUAUGGUUUGGCAGCGUUGAAGCUCUUUUGUAGGCAGCUAAAGGACGCUGUACCCACCCACUCUUCCCCUCCCUCAAUGACCUUAGCAGGCAUCCUCUUCCAGCGUGCUUGGUUGCAGGGUAUUUUGGUUUCAGGGCAAGAUGAAGGUUGCUUCAUUUUAGACGAUGGAAGUGAUGUCAUUGAGCUUUCUCUGUCCAAUGAAUUUCAGCAGGAAUCAUGGAAAACAGGAAUGUAUGUCAUGGUUAUUGGGGCAUACACAAUUCGCACUGACGAUCGGCCCAUAAUUAAGGUUCACAAAAUUGUUGAUCUGUCACCUUACCCUGAUCGCGAAGCUAUGUGGCAUUUGGAAGUGAUUGAGGCUUACAAGUUAUUCUACCAGUCUUCAUCUGAGGCAUAAAAUAAUUCUGCAUGAAAUAAUUCUUUCAUGUAAAGUCUUAACAGUGUCAAAUGCCAGGCCGUGUCAAUUGGUAUGAUUUCGUUGAUGUAAAGACUACCUUGACCUCCUUGCAUUUGGUUCAAUGCCAGUUUCUGUUUUGCCUAUUAAAAUUAAUAGAAAUGUUUCUUUUGGGUGUAAAGGAUUUUAUGGUUUGAUCUUCAGUUGUUUUCAGAUUUUCUACGUGUAUGGUGCUCCAACUCCGAACUUGAUGCUCAUGUAUCUUCAGCUUUUGAAAUUUUUGUACUGGCCAUUUCUGAAAUAAUUUCGAUAAAAACAUCUCAGUUCUUGCAUGGGUUGAUAUGUUGAACGAUUGGACUUAUGAGUAAUAUAA